CUUGCACGCCGACCGUCCAUCUUUAAACAUAACCUCAUUUCGUGCGGUGUGUUCUCUCAUUUCUGCUAGACAUCGUUGGAGGUACCACGUGCAAUUGUAGAUUUAAAGUUUUAUAAAACAUUCUAGCGCUAGUUAACGAAAAUGGUGAACGUUAAAACUCCCAACAAAAAACGAAAAAGCGGUGGGAACAGUGAAGGAGGUUCCCAAACAGCUCAGUCCCCAAAAGUGGCGAAACCUAAUACCCCUGCACAGACCCCAGGCAAGGGUAAAGGGAAGGCAACCCCUGGAAAACUGAAUAAAACUCCAAAGGCUGGCCCUCGUGAAAAUAACGCAAAUACACCUAACCAGACCCCACCGGCAGGCCCCGGCAAAAGUCCCAAACAAACACCCUUUAAAAAACAAGGAGGUGCUCAAGCAAGCGCCACUAAACCUAAACAGACCCCAUUUAAGAAGCAGGGAUUUUCUGAAGACAAAACCAAUAAAACUCCCAAACAAACCCCAAUUAAAAAGGAAUCUGGUUCAGAAGAAAGUGUUGUGCAGACACCAUUCAAAAAGCAAAUGAAUUCAGGCAAAAAGUUUAUUAAAAAAAAUGAACAAUCACCCAAAACAGAAAACGAGGUUUCACCAGCAAAAAAAAUGAAGAAGUUUGCUGGUACAGGGGAAAUGCAAUCAGAAGAUAACAAGGAACAAAAGCAGAAGGUGGAGAAGGUUGAUAAGAAACCAACCAGACAAAGAAGCAAAGCUCGAAGGAAGGCGUUGUUUACUGGUAUAAAAAGCAAGCUUCGUGAAGGUGAUGAAGGAACGAUAGCUUUUCUUGAAAAGAAAAUUACAGCGCUAGAGAGUCGCACAGAUUUAUCAAAAACCGCAAAGAAAAAAUUAAAGGUGUUGCAGAAACUGCGAAAGCUGGCACCUGGGGGCGCAGGUGAGGCGCAGUCACCGAAAGAGAAGAAGCAAGUUGUAGUGAAAAAAGAGACCAAGGCUGUUAACAAGAAUAAUCAAACACAAAAUAAAGCGAAUGCUAAGCCUGCUCCGAAAGUAAAAGUUGAAAUAAAAAAAGAAGAAAAAGAUAGCGAGGAUAGUGAGUCUGAUUAUGAAGUCGAAGCAGAAAUAAAUCCUGACAAACUUAUUAAAAAAGAAGCUGUUAAAGCGGAAAGCGAUGAAGAUGAAGAGGACGAAAGUGGGGAGGAAGAAGAAAGUGACUUAGAAGAGGAAGAAAGUGGAGAAGAAGAGGAGGAUGACGAAGAGAUGCAAGAUGAGUCUGGUGAUGAUGAAGAAGCGCAAGGUGAAUCUGACGAUGAUGAUGACGAUGAGGAAGAAGAAGAAGAAGAGAUACAACAAAUAAAAAAGCCUCAAGUGAAUAAAGGUAAGCAGUCUAAACAAACAAACGUUGCUAAGGAAACUAGUCCGGCAGCUAAAAAGUCUCGAUACGUUGUUUUUGUCGGAAAUCUCCCCUAUGAUGCAACUCGAGAGGAGAUUUCGGAGCAUUUUAGUAAAGCUGGGGAAGUUAAACAUGUUCGCAUACCUACAGACAGAAAAACAAAUAAACCAAGAGGUUUUGCGUACGCUGAAUUUAAUGAUGAAGUUUCUUAUCAGAAAGCUUUAUCUUUGCAUCACACAUUUAUCAAAGGGCGCCGUAUUAAUGUUCUUUAUACUGAAGGUGGAAAGAAGAAGGACGACGUGAAAAAGAGUAACAUCAAAGCGAAAAAUUUGAAGCUUGCCGCCAUGAGAAAACAAGGCCAACUUCACGGGAGCGUGAAACAAGAUAACAAAAGGUCGGCACGGAGGGCAAAGAAGGUGCUUAACGGCUCAAAUUAGUUUAUUGUUAAGAUUUUAAAUUUUUUUAUGUUAUAUGACUUACUUGAAUCAGUAGCUUGUAUAAGUUACAAAUAAAAUAAACAAUUAUACAACGUAAA